CCGACAUUAAAUCACCUACUAUAGUACUCUUAGUACUCUUAGUACCCUUGUGCACUGCUAAUCUCAUUUGUGGCUAAGGGUCUAGCCUCCAGUAAGCACUAGCUACCAGCCAAAUGACUCACAUCAGUUAUUUACGAGUGUACGCUCUAUUCCUCCUCCCGCAUUCAAUCUACGAUACUAAUCAAAAUCAACUGUCCUCCAACUUCAUUCAACAUGACCUACACUCUGUACGACGGAACCGUCGCGGUGGUCCAAUCCAUCCUCAAGACCCUCUCCCACAUCCUCCACCAAGCCGAGCAGCAACAGGCCGAUGCCAGCAGCACCAUCACUAGCGCUCUGCUCGAAGCCCGUCUCCGCGAUGAUAUGUACCCACUAUCCGACCAAGUGCGCCUGGCAACCCAGUUCUCUGAGAAUCUAGUCGCACGAUUGACCGGUCGGGAGCCCAUAACGCUUGGAGACGCCCCCACCACUUUCGCGCAGUGCUACGAGCGCAUCGAGACGGUGCUCAAGACAGCCAACGCGGCAGACAAGGAGGUCGUCAACGCUGCCGGUGAUGUCGUGGAGCCUACAAAGAUAAGACCCACGGUCCUAGUGGAUGUGAGCGGUGCGGCGUAUGCGCAUACGAUGGCCUUGCCGAAUAUCUAUUUCCAUCUGACCACGGCGUACGGCAUUCUGCGCAAGGAGGGAGUCCCUCUGGCUAAACGGGACUAUUAUGUUGGGUUUUUUCCUCUCCCAUAGCAUUAUUCAGCUUAAUAGUCUCUAUCUCAUGAUAUAUCAAGUAUACUUAACCAACUACUCGUACUGUAAAUUGGCUCGGUGCGCAUUUAAUCGGAGAUCGGAUAAAGCCG